UGCAGUAUAUUCAUAAAAACAAUGUGCUUCACAGAGACAUAAGACCAGAGAAUGUUUUUCUGACUGAAAAUGGCUACAUCAAUCUAGGAGAUUUUGGAUGCUCAAAGAUGUUGGAAAGAGCUGAUGCAUAUGCAGAAACAGCUGUGGGUGCAAUGAACUAUAUCAGUCCAGAAGCUUUUCAGAGCAAACAAUAUAAUUCCAGAAGUGACAUUUGUUCAUUGGGAUGGGUACUCCACGAUCUCUGCAUGCUGGAUGUAUGGUCAAAUAGGAUAAAGCGUUUAUGUGCACAUGCUAACUGCAUGGAUGGAACCCUGCCUCACAUCUCAGAGAGAUACUCAUGGGAACUUCAGGAAUUAAUCAGACAAAUGCUCAGCUGUGACCCUAAAGACAGACCAUCAGCGGAUGAGAUUCUAGAAAAAACCAUUCCUGGAAGAUGCAGUAAAGAGAAACAAGAGCGUUCCAGAAGCACUUGAACAAAGAUUUA